AUGUCAACCUUCGAAAUGGACCUGGAUCCAUCAAAAGCCCACCGGAGCCCCAACCUCCUCGACACCGCGCUCCAAAAGCGCUACACAACAAUAUCCAUCCCCUCAACCUACGGCCGCCUCCACGACAGCCCCGCCGCGGGAACAGUCGUCGGGAUUGUCCUCGGCAGCGUAGCAGGCUUCGUCCUGCUAAUGUACGUACUGUUCCUAGCAGUGAAUCCAGGAGGAGUCGCACGAGGCGCGCCAACAGCAUCCAGCGUGAGCAUGUCAAUGGAUGAAGAGGAAUCUGUGCGCAGUCGGCGUCGCGCAUCUAGAAGACGGAGCGAGGUCGAGGUUAUUGAAGAGGCCGAAUUCCGUGAUAGUUAUCGUCGGAGACCUGCUAGUCGACAUGAUCGCAUUGUCGUUGAGGAGUCGCUUGCUACUUCUGCUACUGGGGAUGAGGAUCUUGUUGAAGUUAUUGAGGAGGAGAGCUCUUCUGCUCCUUCGGAUAUGUCGCCUCGUCCGCCGAGAAGGUCUAGGCGGGGUGGGGUUAGACAUGUUGAUCCGUUGGCUUAUGGGGGUGAGAGUGAAUAUGGGAGUCGGAGGUAA